UCCCGCUCAGUUUCGUUUCGGCAAUCAUUCGGAUCACACGGAAAAAGUCGCCCUAUCGCCGGAGAUAAUGGCCAAUCAAGCAGUGAGACUCCUGCUGGGAGUCAUCCUCCUCUCCAUCUGCCUAUCAGAUGCUGCAGUGUCGCAUCCAUCAGCAUCCAACUACACCAUCGACAUCCUGCGCCUGGCUAAAGCUGCGCACAUUAAGGCGUAUAUGGGAGAGAACCAGAAGGAGACUUGCUCCAACUUUUACAAUUUUGCCUGCGGAAAUUGGCCACGUUUGCAUCCCGCACGAGUGUCCAAACACAGGACCAACUAUCUGGAGGAGUUGCAAGAGCUAUAUAUACGAAAAAGCGCUGAAAUGCUCAAGAGUGCCACGAGAGGAGCUGAAAAUAGCGCCGACCGGCAAUUAAAGAACUUCUUUGGCUCUUGUCGCCUUCAAACGAAUGACACGCGGUCCGCUGUGACAACUCUGAUAAAUGUGGCUGAUUUCCGAGGCGGUUGGCCCGAGAUUCGAGUUUCCUCCUGGUACUAUUAUGAGUACGAUUGGCUGCAGGUGGUGGCUAACCUGAAACGUACGCUAGGCGUGGACAUAUUUAUUGGACUGGAUGUGAUCCUCGACUACAAGGAAGAGAAAUUGCAUCGCUUGAAGAUCGGAGCCCCCAAAUUACCCAUGACUCGUCGCCACUACUUGGAGCCUCAAUUUGCAGGCAGUCGGGAAAUCUACGAAAAUUCGAUCCUCAAGAAGCUGCAGCUUUAUUUUCCCGAUCAAUCGGAGCAUUGGCUGAAGGAGGUGUCCAGUCAAGUGCUAGAAAUUGAGCAACAACUAGCCAAGGGAUUACCCCACAAUGCUGCCCUCACCUUGGAGCAAACCACUCGCCAAAGGACCGCCGCCGAGAUGAAAUCCGCCUAUGGCAGCUACCUCGAUGUGACUCGCUACCUGCAACUAAUUUUCAACGAUAACCUGUACAUGGAUUUAUAUGAGACUCCAGAGGAUUAUCUGUCCAAUUUAAUGGAUGUGAUAAGGGAUACGCCCAAACUGAAGCUGGCCAACUAUACCAUGUGGAAGGCAUUGGAAGCCUUGGAUGACGCACGUGUGCCGCAAUCUCAGCAGCCCGAUAUUUGGUGUGUUCAGCUGGCCCAGAGGUAUUUCCCCCAUCAGCUAGAGAGCCUGUUCCAUCGCAACUACAAUCACAUGCAGAUGAUCAAUGAGUUGCAGUCGACGUGGUCGGAUAUAAAGCGAGUCUUCAAAGAGGAUCUGCAGGCCUCGGAGCAUUUACUUUGGCUAACAUUGGAGACCAGGCAGAAGGCCAUUAGCAAACUGGAAACUUUAAAUCUUCAGUUCCGGAGCCACGAUGACAGCAAGUUGAUCCGCCAAAUGCACGGAGUCAACCUUCACACGGAACGUUUCUACCCGAACUUGGUGGCAGUUCUCCAGUGGCAGACCCAACGCGGUUUGGCCAAACUAAUGCAGGAACCGGUUGCCGAAGAUAAGGUGUACAAGCUCCCGCACUACGAGAUCCAAAAGAAUCGCAUUCAAGUUCCAAUCACAUUCCUGCAAGCGAGGUUCUUCUGGGAUCCCGCCUAUCCCAAUGCCUUGAAGUACGCCACUUUGGGAGUGCUUCUGGCACGCCAAAUGCUGCACGGAUUCGAUGGCGUGGGUAGGCGUUUCGAUGCUAAUGGUUACCAAAACAACUGGUGGGAUAACACCUCGGAAAGUUCAUAUUCUCGACACACUCAGUGCUUCCAGGAGCAAUAUGCCAUCUUUGUAGAAUAUAAGGGAAAACCGGUGCAGGAUAAGGAUCUGCUGCGUCGGAUUGUGGCCGAUAACGGAGCUUUGAACAUUGCCUAUCGUGCCUACCAACAGUGGAUGAAGAAUGCGGCCGAAACUCCGGCUAUAUAUGACCGGGAACGCCUGCCGCUGCUAGAUUACAACCACAAUCAACUAUUCUACCUGGGUUAUGCUCAACUCUACUGCACCGAUUACCCUGAAUCGCUGGAGCGGUUCGAUGAGCUGCCCGAGCAGCUGCGCAUCAACACGGCGCUAUCCAACUCGCAGCAGUUCGCCAACGCCUACAGUUGCUCCAGGGGGGAUAAACUGAACGCCCGCUUCAAGUGCACUCUCUACUGAGAGGCAUUUCAUCUAAAUGUAUAACACCAGCCUAAUAAAUAAAAGCUUAUGUUGCACCUGCCA